AUUUUUUUGAGAAGCAUUUUUAGUGCAAUGUACUUCAGGUACUCAUUGGUUGAAGAUAUGCCAACAAAUGAAUUUUUUUKUUUAUGUUCAAUGAAGGAAUUAAACUAAGAGGAAGAAUUCUKUAAGGUUUAUUUUCUCAGUGGGCAUUGUUGCAACCAGGAACUUGAGAUGAAAAUCUUCAGUAUAGACAAGACUAUUUUAAUGCACUUCAUCCUGCUGGGCAUGGUGAUUGAGAGCAGCCAGGGAUGCUACUGUGAGCAUUAUCCAUGGGGGCCAUGGUCCAGCUGUUCACAAACCUGCAAUUAUGGUACACAGACAAGGCACAGGCAAAUAAGAACGGAUGAAUAUUACAUGCAAAACUUCUGUGAUCAGCUAUGCACAAAGGAGGAAUCUCGUGCAUGUAAUCAGCAAACAUGUCCUAUCAACUGUCGGCUUGGAGACUUUGGCCCUUGGUCAGAAUGUGACCCAUGUGUUAAAAAGCAAUUUCGUGUCCGGUCACUCCUUCACCCAUCACAGUUUGGGGGUCAGGCCUGCACAGAGCCACUGGUGGAUUCCCGGCCGUGCUUCCCAACUAAACUCUGCAACAUAGUGGAAGUCAAUUGCAAGAAUAAAUUCCAGUGUGAAAGCGGUCGUUGCAUUGCAAAAAAGCUGGUAUGUAAUGGAGAAAAUGACUGUGGGGACAAUUCAGAUGAAAGAAAUUGUGGGAAGAAAAAGACCGUUUGCAACAGAAAUUAUCAGAGCAUUCCAAGCGUGCAUUUAAUAGGCAGUGGAUUUCACGUUCUGGCAGGAGAGAKUCGAGGGGAAGUUCUUGGCAACUCAUUCAAUGGAGGACAAUGCACAACAGUGAAGCGCAAUGACACAAGGAUAUUGUAUCGUGUGCCUGCAAAUUUGGAGGCUGUCAGCUUUCAGGUAAUAGAUGAAGAGGAUGAUGUAGCAUCAGAAUUCUACAAUGAUUUAACUCCUCUGAGUGAUAGUGAUGCUAGAAGUUCUUCAUCUACUUAUCAUGGCAAAAUAACUUCUGGAAUUCCGAUUUUAUACUCAAAAAAGAAACGUAUUAAAGUCACAUCAACUUCCUSCUUCAAGAAAGCCAUUGAAGCCUCAUAUGAAAAGAAUUCCAACUUUAUUCGAGUCCAUAAAGUUAUUUCUGUUGCAAACUUCACAAUGAAACAGUCAAACCUGCAACUUUCAGAUGUCUUCCUAAAAGCACUUAAUCACCUGCCCCUGGAGUACAACUAUGCUUUAUACAGCAGAAUAUUUGAUGACUUUGGCACUCAUUAUUACACCUCGGGGAGAAUAGGUGGUUCCUACGACAUUCUUUACCAGUACAGCUCAGAGGAGCUCAAAAACUCAGGUUUGACAGUGGAUGAAUCAACAGAGUGUGUCCGAACAGAAACCACAAAGCGUAUCCUGUUCGUAAAGAGAAAGAAAGUCAGUACGAGAUGCACUACAAACAGGAUGACUGUGAAACACGAAGGCUCCAUUCUGGAGUCAGCUGAGCGAUCGAUGUCUCUGGUAAAAGGAGGAAGAUCAGAAUAUGCUGCRGCUCUUGCCUGGGAGAAAAAGGGUGCUUUUCCAGACCACACUGUCUUCUCAAACUGGCUGGAAUCAACAAAGGACAAUCCUGUGGUAGUUGACUUUGAGCUGUCGCCCAUCGUGGAUUUGGUGAAGAACGUGCCCUGUGCAGUGACCAGACGCCGCAACCUCCGGAGAGCCCUGCAGGAAUACGCGGGCAGGUUCGACCCCUGCCGCUGCGCCCCGUGCCCCAACAACGGGCGGCCCGUGCUCUCGGGGACCGAGUGCCUCUGCCUGUGCCCUGCCGGCACCUACGGCAAAAACUGCGAGAUGAGAACCCCGGACUACAGCUCAGUUGCUGUGGAUGGCCGCUGGGGGUGCUGGUCUGAGUGGAGUUCAUGUGGUGCUUCCUUCAAGAAAAGAAGGACCCGAAAGUGCAAUAACCCUGCCCCUAUGAACGGAGGGAAGCCCUGCGAGGGUGAACAGGAAGAGGAGGAGGACUGUUACAUCUCUGUGUUCGCAGASAGAGGGGCUCCUUGUAUAAAUGAUGAUGAAGCAAGGAGAGAAGAUGAAAUCUUGAUUGGUGAACCUAAGUCUGGAUGCAUCAGACCAGACCCACCAGAAAAUGGCUUUAUCAGGAAUGAAAAGAACCAGUAUGACGUGGGGGAGGAAGCUGAAAUUGCCUGCAUGAGUGGUCAUGUCCUCACUGGUUAUCAGUUCCUUAGGUGCCUGCCAGAUCAAACGUGGACACAGCAACAUAUUGAAUGUGAACCUUCAGUAUGCCUAAGGCCACUAGCCUCUUACAAUGUCCUGAUUUCCCCAUUCAAACAACAGUACAAUAUUGGUGAAACUAUUAAGUUAAGCUGCCAAUCUGGGUAUAUAAUCACUGGUCAAACCGAGUAUACUUGUGGAGAAGAUCUGUCCUGGUCACCGUCUAUUUCAAGAUCUAUUACAUGUGAAAAAGAUAAGCAAACUAUGAUGAGAAAUGUUUGCAAGCCAGGACAAAAACAGGUUGGAUCUCAGUGUGUUUGUGCCUCUCCAGGAGAGGACUGCAGCCACUACUCAGAAGACAUCUGUGUGCUGCAUGCUGCUUCAGAACAGACCAUGACAAAGCCCAGCUGCGAGUAUUUAGCUGAAAAUUGCCUCCAAGAGCAGUCAUUUCAUUUCUUGCAUGUUGGCCCCUGUCGUAGCGAUACCAACCAAGACUGGGCUAUUGAAAGGGCAAAGCUCUCUGCAAAUAGCCUGAAGAAAGUGCCAUGUGGCUAUGACACCUGCUAUGACUGGGAAGAGUGUGCAGAGACCCAGUGCACCUGCCUGCUGCCUUACCAGUGCCCCAAAGAGAACAGCCAGASCCACUGCAUCUCCAUGGUGUCGAGCGGGAGGAGGAAGGCAGUCAGUACUUGCAUGCUAGCAGCUAUGAAGUGUGCUGGAGUGAAGAUAGAGGUGCUGAACCUGGAGAGCUGCCUGGCAUAACCACGGGCAUCUUGUGUGGCAGCCGUCCUGAUUUUCCCACCCUGCAUGGGCUGACCAACGCUGUCAAAAAAUCACUGAAAGCGUAAAUGCAUUGAAAAGAGAGGAUGGAAAGAAACUGAGCCUCACUUACUGGAUUUCUGGGAGAAGGGUGGGAACUAGGUUGUUUAUUUUUUGUUUUGUUCAUUUUAGGUCUGAAAAUGAGCUCAAAUGUGGGUUAUGGGGAUUGCUCCACCUGGCGGUARUGCAUGAGCAUGGGCAGAGGAAGGAAUGGGGAGGAAAGGGAGUUUUGCCUCUGGUUUCUCCUUGAGUUGACUGACRCUUUUUCUUUCCUCAGCCGUUUAUGGCUCCAUCCCUUCACUUCUGCCAGGUGUAGCAGCCAGGUAGGAAGUUUUGGCAAGUGAUUAUGAAAACAAUUUGAUUUGCAACAUGAUCAUGAAGUACCUGCGUGGCACUUGGAGAACAAGUUCAGGUAGUGGUGCACAGUGACCAACUGCACGUACAUUGUCACAGUGAGUGAGGCCUUCAAAACCACGAGAUUUUUAAUCAGAUCAUCUGAAGGAGUAAAUUAUCUGCAUUUUGGGCUUGUCUGUUGAUUUUGAGUCUUAGGCUACUUAGGCUCAGGGUUUGCGAAACUGAGGAUUAGAAAUUUGCCUUUACAUGAGAGGAAGAAAUCUAAAGGUCACUUUCUUAUAUUACCAGAAAAAAAAAAAAAAAGAAAAAAAAAAAAAGAAAAUUAGCUGGGGGAGGAGGGGAAAUCAUGACAAAUAUGUCUGUGAAUAACUCAUUCUAUGUAUAAUCAUCACACCUGGCCAUGGGCUGAGCGGAGUCGUUCAGGAACAGGGUGCAGCCUGAGCUGGAAGGGUAAUUUCACCUCCAAGAAGGUGUUAGAACCCUGCACUGAGGGUGUUGCCAUGCUCCACAGAUCAGGUACAGCCAGCAUCAACUGAAUGGAGCUCAAGCAAAAAGUGGUGAAUACUGCUGCUAAACAGACCAAAGCAUUGCAUUUUCCU